AUGACCUUAUUUCGGAAGCGGUACUUUGCUGUACCGUUAGUCGGGGCGCGUGGCCGUCCCUGAGUGUUGAUGCGAGAGUGCCGCGCGAGAGGGCCGCACAACCCCUCCUCUCGCGAUUUCCCUGUCGGUGGUGGAAGGAGUCGGGAGCGGGAGUGAUUUGGUAUAUUGAAAGCAUAUGGAGGGGAUCCCGCAUCUUGGUGGGGAUGCGUAUCGCCGCGCGUGAUGGACACUCAGCUGGGCCAAAGGAACUGUGACGAAGAUUCUGAGAUGAAUUUUGCUGCAUUCUCAGCAGUGGGGAAUGCUGGGACACACUUUGUGACGACUGGUGGCCAGCUGCCCGUCACAAAGUUGCAGCAAAAUGUCUCUAAUAAUGGAACCCUAUCUCAGUAUUUCUCUCAGGUGGUGGGCAUGGUAGGCGGGGUGAACAUGGGCGAGGGCGUGCAGUACGUGCGCGCCAUCGACGGCGGCCCCGCGCUGCAGGCCGCGCCGCAGCUGCUGUCCGUGCCCAUCGCGCUGCCGGGGGCCAAGCCGGGUGACCCCCAGCCGACAGUACAGAUCCAGGUGCUGAGUCCAAACCUAACACUGCAGCAACAACAACCCAAGUACCAGAUGCAAAUACCCAUUCAAGGCUUCCAACAAGGCGGAGCUGUUCUCACAGUAGCAUAUUCACCAGAUGGCAAUGAUGGCGGUGGUUUUCAGCUCAUAGGGAACACGUUACCUGAAGGUACAUUCAGGAUGAGAUCAGGUCUCCAAGUUCUGGCGGCAUUGCCUCAAGAGAUGCAGCUUAUUCAUCAGCAACAAACACAGGAUAAUAAAGAACAAGUUCAGCAGAAUAUACAACAUCAGGUGUACAUAACGCCGAACAAUCAAAUAAUCAUCAAUGGCCCAGAAACAAAGACUCUGAACAACAACACGAGCGCCAACAACAACAACACUGACAUUGAAAAUAUCAUCAUCAAGGAGGAGUGCGAAGAAAAUAACGAUGACGAAAGUUCUCAAAGCACUGAGGCGAGUGAGAGUAUACCGUGGCAAUUGGGAACUUCUUCCCAAGAUAUUGUUAAAUAUCUCAACACAUUACCACCGCAGCAAACCUUACCUGUCUCACUACAGCAGUUUUUACGACUCAAUCCUACUGAGAUUAAGAAGGACCAAACUCCUGAUGUAGAAAUGACAAAUGUAGAGGAAGUUAAAAAAGAGGUUGUCACUGAAGCUAUUUUAGACGAAGAUGGCACCAUUCGUAUUCAAAAUAAAAAGAAGAAGAAAUACAAGAAAAAGCCACCUAAGCCUGCAAGGCCAAAGCCUGGUCAAGUAAUUAUAGCAACGGCAGCUGAUGGAACUCCUAUUUAUUGCUGUCCUGAGUGCAACAUGGCUUACCCAGACAAGGGACAAUUGGAAAUGCAUCUUUCUGUGCACAAAAUUGAGAGGAGAUUUAUUUGUGGGAUUUGUGGAGCUGGUUUGAAGCGCAAGGAGCACUUAGAAAGGCAUAAGCUUGGACACAACCCAGAGCGGCCCUACGUAUGCGGCGCCUGCGGGAAGGGCUUCAAGCGACGCGAACAUCUCAACCUGCACGCUGUCAUACACUCUGGAGUCAAGACCGAACUCUGCGGACAGUGCGGCAAAGGUUUUUACCGCAAAGAUCAUCUCCGUAAACACACGCGGUCGCACGAGACCAAGCGAGCAAGAGACGAGGCUAAUAAUGAUGUGAUAGAAGUGAAAACGCAGGCUACUUCGCCAACACCUAAUACUUCAAAUAUUUCUACCAACUCGAACACUAUAUUGCCAGAAAUUACAAUUCAUGUGCCGACGAGCUCGAACAUGGCGGUGCCGGUGCAGAUCAAUAUCCCGCAGCACGUGAUGUCGUCGCUCGCCGCCGCGCAGGCCGCACAAGACGCGCACAGCGACGCGCAUGCGCAGCUCGACGCGCUGCUCGCGCACCACUCGUGACCGGCUGCACAUGAAGACAUCUCUAGAAAGGCGAGCGGAAUCACCGUGUAGACAUCUUGUAAUUUUUAAUCGAAUAAAGGAGGGUAUUUUAACCUAUUGUAAUUACAUGUACCUAUUGGUAACAAUCGAUCGUUUUUAAAGUCCACUCAAAUUGUUGUCCAAAAGAAUGUAUAUUAUGUAUAAACAUCGUGUAACGUUUAAUAUUCGAUAAAGGCGUUUGUCUUCAUUGUAAUAAAUAUCACAUUUCAAUACAUUUUACCAUAAUUGUGGAUCGAUUUUUAUCGCUGUAAAGUCUCACUUGUUAUGAAAUUUAUGUAGCGGGUGCUUAUUUAAACAGUAAUUUAUCUUUUCUUUCAUCAUUGAUUUGAAAUUUGAAAGAAAACAGUACUGUUUAACUAAUAACCCCCUAAAGCAACAUUAUUAUAGAUAAAGUCGAAAAUGCUUUCUGUACUUUGUAAUAUCAGAAAUUGUGAAAAAUAAUUUCUUACAAACAAUUUGUGACAAUAUGAAGGCAUACUGUUUUUUUGUUGUUACUUAAUUUGAAAAAAAGAAAUACUUUUGAUGUGUAAAUAUAGUAUUACGUCAAUCGCUUACAAGAUAAUACAGGUUACUUGUAAUUUCAUUAAAAAAAAAAUAACAAGUAUAAUGUAUGUGGCAAUGAAUUGUCGAUUGGAAAAUGUUGUUCGCUCCAAGAGUCCGUCACUUGCAAGGAAACGAGACGACCAUGUAAAUUAUUCAUAAGAGAAAGAAAAUAUGGACUGAAAUGUAUUUUUACAUUUGUAUUAUAGACUUAAAACACUCGUUGAUAUAUUGAAUCAUUGUUCUAAGUAACAUGCGGCUUUUGAACGAAAGAUUAAAUUCGAUGAAAAGUAUUCUACACGUUUUAGUGUGGUUUACCGUUAGGACAAAUACACCGGCGACUUUUGUAGUAGCUCAGCGCGGUAGGAAUGUUACAGAAUGUCAGCCAAGAAAAAUUAAUUGAAACAGAUAUAUUUAUAUUUUCAAACAAUAAUAAAAAUAAUAUAUGUAUGUAUAUAUAGUAUAUAUAAUAAUGUAAUUAAUACUAUAUAUGUAUAUAUAGUAAUGUUUCUAUAUAUAUGGAAUCGUUUCAGUACAUCAUUAACCGAUCGUUUUUUUUUUUUUAGUUACUGCGUAAUGCGCCAUUAAUAUUGUUCUUAAAGUUUUUAUGUAACUUUAAUGCUUUUGAAUUUGCGCUCGUAGGCAAUUCUACCAUCCGUAAGCAAAACGAAACGUUUCAUAAAUAUAGUAAUCGGAUACAUUUCUGUAUGUGUUAAUGUAUACAUAACGGUAGGGGGGGGGGGGCGGUAUUCUGUAAGAUCAAACUCGUACCCCAGAAAACGAUCGUGAAGAAUCAUUAUCAGAAUGUGAUAUGCGACAUUGACAAUAAUAGUCGUAACAUUUCAAAAAUAAACGCAUCAAAAUCGUAUAUCACCAUAAGCCGGUUAUCAACAUUUUACGGGUGAGUAAUGAAGUGAGUUCAUACAGAAUCGCACUGCUGGUAAUAGAACUUAUCAAGUACUGGUCACUUUGUAUUCUUCUGCUUAUAAUUACAAGCACAAUGAACAUAGCUUAUGAACAUGAGUCAUUUUCAGUAUUGCCAUGACCCUCUUACUCAUACGCGUUAUUAUGUUAUUAUAUUAAUUUUGUUGUGAAAUUACAAUAAUACCCCGCAAUAUAUAAAAUAUUAAUUAUAUAAAAAAUCGAUAUGACGGCUUAUUAUUAUACAGAAAAGUGAAUGUUUGAAAAAUAUUGAAAAUUUUUUUUGGCUGACCACGUUAUUAAAUACGCGUACGUACACAUAUCAAUUGUAUUAUGUAAUUAAACGGUUUCUAACAUAAGAUUUCGCUUUUUUAAAAUUAAUACUUUUUCGUUAUGAUUGUAUGAAACUAGAUCUGCUUAGCUUUAUAGUUACUUGCCUGAUAUUCUGGAGACUCAUUUAUUAGUGUUUACUCACCCAUUUUUGUAGUUUGCAAUUAAGAUUCGUUGUUUAGCGGUUUGUUAGCUAAACAAUGCUUUGUCUUCUUCUUCUUUCGAAUGUAAAAUCAAUAAUGACAGAGAGAGAGAGCGAAAUUUGUGUUUAAAUAAACAGCCGCAGGCAUCGUUUAUAAACAAGGGCGUGAAUCUUUAACGAAACUGCCUCUGUCAAUGUAAUAAGUUAAAAAUAAUUUCUCUAAACUGAAUACGAAAUGACUAAUAUAAUCGUGUUUAAAAAAAGACACUUUUUUAAAGGCUAUUUUUUAUGUCACUAUAGAAUGCAUCUCUCUUUGAAUUGUAAGUGAAUUUUAACUCCUAGCUGCCCAGGGUGACGUCUUCGCUCGAUUGAGAGAAAAAAAACACUUACUGACAACUACAAAUUACUAUUACAGACAACAUAUUGUGUGAUAAUUAUUAAAAUCGAUUCCAAGAAAUGAUCUGGGCAUGUAUGUAUGGGUUAAA